AUGGGUGGGGGCAUGGCUCACCUAGGGGAUGCCACAAGCCCAGGGAGAGCAAUUGGUGACACUUCUCUGCAUGAACAGGAGUACCUGGCUGAUGAACCAUUCCAAGAUAUUCCAAAUCUCCAGGAAAAACUGGAACUGCUAAAGGGUGCAUUUCUGGAAUACGAUGCUAUGCACACAGGAGAAAUUGACUAUCCAACACUGAGCAACCUACUGAGGGAGUUCCAAGUUUUCCGAAGCUUGUUGGAGCUCAGGGUGCAAGUCCAAGACAUCACUGGGAACACAGGCAGCACUGUUCCUUACAAGGAUUUUGUUAUGGCUAUGCUGGGACGAAGAUCAACUAUGUGCCAGCGAUUCUUGCAGUACAGUGGGAAAGAAGGUGAUGCUGUGAAGAAGCCCUCCCUGAUAGAGCCUGGCUCACGUGCAAGCUACUUGGGGCCUGAGACAGAGUGCAUUUCCUCUCCACUUUCUACUCUCCCACCGCCACCACCUCCAUCUCCAGCUGAUGACUAGUUUAAGACCUACCAGGCUGCAUAAGAAACCUGGAAGGCACUGACUUGAUAUACAGAAAGGCUUGCUGAGGAGGUAAACCUUGUACAAGGCACUCUUGGAUACUUGAGAUAUAGCUCAGAUCCUUCUAAAUAAAAAGCUACCCAAGGCAAGGCACAUUAACUUGUCUGUGGGCUGUCUAUGAUCUUACGCAGGAGAGAACCAG